AUGGCGGCGCCCGUCAUACAAACAUGCCAUGUAGCUUGUUGUGCGAACAGAACUCCACAUGUUGUUUCCUGGAGUCGUGGAGGCAUCAUUGCUUUUGGGACUUGUAAUUCGGUGGCCCUCUACGACCCGCAGGAAAGAAGUGUCGUCGCUGUUUUGAAUGGCCACACAGACAGAGUAAAUACAGUCCAGUGGGUGCACAAGGAGGACUGUGGUCCCGAAACUCACCUGGUGUCAGGAGGCUCAGACAAUCGACUCAUAGUCUGGGAGACUCAUCAUGGGGCGUUCAGACAGUCAGUGGAGUGUAAGGGCCACACUAGUUCAGUGUGUGCUGUGGAUGCCAUCUCCUUGGAGGACUCAAAGAUCCUGGUGUCCUCAUCUGCAUCAGACUCCACUGUCAGACUGUGGCUUAUCGAUGGAGCUAAAGCUGAAUGUCUUCAUACCUUAUCGUGCGGCAGUGGUUUCAUGAUGGAUGUCUCACUGGUGCUGUUGCCAGGCAGCAGAGUUCCCAUCCUGGCCUGCGGGGGUGAUGAUUCUAAGGUCAAUCUGUAUGUGCAGUUCAAUGGACAGCUCAAGAAAGCCCUGUCUCUACAAGGACACGAAGACUGGGUUCGUGGGUUGGAGUGGGCAUCCAUAGGUGGGGAGCUGUUAUUAGCCAGCUGUUCACAGGACUGUCUCAUUCGGGUGUGGAGGCUGCGUGCCAAGUCUGGGAUGGAUGCCUGCACAGAGGACGAUCACACGAUCAUCAGAAUGAAAGAGGACGUCUUUCAAGUGAAGGAGGGAGACGUGCUUUCAGAGUUUGCUGUGUCUCUUGAGACAGUCCUGGCAGGCCAUGAGAACUGGGUCUACGCAGUGCACUGGCAACCGCCUUGCUACAAUGGUGGAAAGUUGGAACAGCCUCUUAGUCUGCUUUCUGCCUCGAUGGACAAGACCAUGAUCCUCUGGGCUCCUGAGGAGGGAUCAGGCGUGUGGUUGGAGCAGGUGCGUGUAGGGGAGGUUGGGGGCAAUACCCUUGGAUUUUAUGGCUGCCAGAUGAGUCCGGAUGGUUCCAUGAUUGUGGCUCAUGCUUUUCACGGAGCCCUACAUCUCUGGUACAAGGACCAAGGUGAAGAGGGAGAGUGGAGUCCCGGGGUGGUGAUAUCGGGCCACUUCAAUUCAGUCCAGGACCUGAGCUGGGAUCCUGAAGGAGAAUUCAUCCUCAGUGUGGGCCUGGACCAGACCACCAGACUAUUCACCCCGUGGAGAAAGAGUGGCAGCUCACAGACGAGCUGGCAUGAAAUCUCACGCCCGCAGAUUCAUGGGUACGACAUGCAGUGUCUGGCCAUGGUGGGGAGGUUCCAGUUUGUGUCCGGAGCCGAUGAGAAGGUCCUGCGAGUCUUCAGCGCCCCGCGUAACUUUGUGGGGAACUUUGCGAGCAUCUCCGGCACACCUCUGGAGACGCUGUUGCUGUCCAGUACCAUUGCUGACCUGCCAGAGGGAGCCAGCACACCUGCCUUAGGCCUCUCUAACAAAGCAGUGUUUCAAGGUGACCUUGUUCCAAAGACCAAGGAUGAAGAGGAGCAGUUCACCGGUGUCUCUGACCAGUACCAGGAGUCAUACUUCAACCCGCUCAACCUUACUGAGCCCCCACCAGAGGACCACCUACUCCAGAACACACUCUGGCCAGAGGUCCAGAAACUGUACGGCCAUGGCUUUGAGAUGUUUUGUCUGGCGUCGGACGGCCUCAGAACGGUGGUGGCCUCUGCAUGCAAGGCGUCAAAAGCAGAACAUGCAUCUGUUCUCCUGUGGAGUGCGCUGUCCUGGCGCCAGCUGCAGGCGCUGCCUUGCCACACCCUCACCAUCACCCAGAUGGCCUUUUCCCCAGAUUCACAGUUCCUACUAGCCGUGUCCCGCGAUCGGACCUGGUCCCUGUGGAGACGGAGCCCACCCAAGCACGAUAAUGCAGAGCCCAAGUUCUUCUUGUACGCAAACACGAAGAAGAACACUGCCGUCCACAGCCGAAUCAUCUGGUCCUGUGACUGGAGCCCUGACAGCAAAUACUUUGUCACCUCCAGUCGUGACAAGAAGGUAAUAGUGUGGGGCCCAUGUGGCUCUGAAGACUGUGGAGACCCUGCAGUCCCAACACAAAUCAAACCCUGUUCCUCUGUUCUGGAUGUGGGCGACUCUGCCGCUGCUGUAGCCUUCUGUCCUGCACUCUGCUCUGAUCACAGCUACUUGCUGGCAGUGGGUUUGGACUGCGGCAGGAUCCUGCUGUAUAAGUGGAGCCCUGGCCAGGAGCCUGCUGGAGGACAGGACUGGGGCAAAUGUGGAGAAACGAACACCUUACAAAGCCACACCCUGACAGUCAAGCGGCUUCGCUGGAGACCCAGAGCGGGUCGGGCGGGUCAGGGGCGCGACGGCCGGGUCAAGGAGAAUGGAGAGCCAGCUGGAGAGCAAGAAGAAGAGGAGGAGGAGAGCUCCUGGCUCCAGCUAGCCAGCGCCGGCGCUGACCACUUUGUCAAAAUCUUCACCGUCAACAGAUGGGCUCUUUAGCGCUGCCGACACAGACGCUAUCAUGUCAUCUUACUCUCAUGAAGGCACGCAAAGCCGGAGGCCUGGACGGGGGGGGGCAAAGGCCACGGCUAUUCAGUGUGGCACCAUUCACCAUUUGUGACAGUCAGCCAAGAUGUGGACAAACCCACAGGACAAACCCACACGGCCGAUGAUCUGUCUGCACAGAUGUGAACCGGUUUUGAUGAAUUGAAGCAAGAUGGUAAAAAUA